ACAAACCAGUCUUUGUUUGGUCGCGCUGAAGUUGGUUUGUUACAUAGUUUCUCUACAAAGAGUCUUUACGACAGAUCCUGGUUAAAUAUUCUGAUUCUCUUAACAAACUGUUGUUUCCUCUGAUCAUUUUCAAAAUUUGUACCUUUUAAGUUAUUGAUUUGAUUCGCGAUGGCUGAUUCCAAUACAUCUUCUGGUAGAUUACCGGAAGUUUCUGAGUCUGAUGAUAAAAUGACGAUUAUAAAUAGAUCAAAAACUUACCAUGUCUCUAAAAAGCUCAUUUGUUCAUCGAUACCAUACUUUGAGAAAAUGUUUUGCUGUGACUUAUUGGAAGGAAAAGAAAACACAGUUCAAUUGGAUCUUGAUGAACACAGUUUCGAUUGUGUACUCAAUUGGAUUCAUUCUGAUUCGGUUCAAAUUGAAAUGGAAAGUGUUAUCGCCUUGUUUGAUGUUGCCGAUUAUUUGAUGUUGAAUGAUCUAUCAAAUGAUUGUUACUCUUAUUUUCAUGCCAAUUUCACCAUUGAACAUCUUCCAGUUGUUAUUCCUCAAGUGACUAUAACAUCUAAACUGAUUAACUCUGGUGCCUUAAACACAUUCAUCUGUCGCCAUUUCUUGAAGAUCAUUAAAACAUCCAUAUUUCUUGAUUACCCAGUUGAAACGGUAGAGUACAUCUGCGGUUUAGAUUUGAUGGUUUCUUCUGAAUAUCAAGUAUUGGAGGCAAUCAAUGAUUGGGUCAAAGCUAAAGCUGAUCUUAGAAAAGAAUAUCGUCUUCGAUUAUUAAAAUGUAUUCGUUGGUGUUAUGCUGGAACUGAUAUCUCAUCUAAAAUAAUGGAACUUCCAUACAUCGCAACAAUUCAAGAUAUUGAAAAAAAGUUAUGUUGUCCUGAUAAUUGUAAACUUAACUGCACUUCCAAUCGCACUGAUCAAUGUUUAUUGAUGUUCAUCCAGAGAAUUGAUGCUAUGUGUCUGAAUAUAAGAGUUCUUCAGUCACAAUUUUGGGUACCUGUUGGUUAUUUUAACCUAGAUGUCUCAAUGUCAUUAGAAUUUGUUCAUGGUGAAAACAUAUCAGAUGUUUUAUACGAUUGUGGAACCAAAGGAGUACGAAUUGAUUGGGAAAGCAAGAAAUUCCGUUGGCUCAAUUUUGAAAGUGACGAGUCUUAUUAUCUGCAAAUCAACAAACUGAUUGUUUCCAGUCAGACUGCAUCAAGUACUAUUCUCUACUUGGAAGACAAAUGUGGUGGAUAUGCUGAUGAUCCUUUCAUCGAACUUUUUCAUCUUCGCUCCCUCGCUACUUCUAGGCACAGACCUCAUGCUCUUGACUCUGAUCCUCGUUUGCUUCACUGUGAUCUGCCUCCCAGAGUAUAUGAGCAUGCUCGCAUACCACAUCUGGGUAACAACCGAGAUAUUAAUAAUAUUGUUUUAAUGGGGCCAUCGCGGCCGCGACGCUCUGAUCGUUAUGCAGAUAUGUCUCACACCUCUGGUCAAUCUGCAAUUCGCAGCGCCCCAUCGAUGAUUCCUUUAGAAAAUGACGAAAGGUUACUACUCGAGUCUGAUGGUAAAUUCAUUGUGAUUGGAAAAAGCAAAGAUGACAAGUUUUACGCCCUUUUUCCUGUUCGUCAUCAUGAAUGGUUCAAGAUGAAAUAUUAUGUAAAUUAUCAUGAAAGAUCUUUUAUCGCUACUGCUUUGGGAUCCAAUAUUUUUAUUUUGACAAAGAAACUGAGAUUUAUUCAAUUUAAUUAUGAAAAUAAUUCAUUCAAAAAAACUGCGCCGUUCAAAGAUAACCAACUCAAAUUUAUGGAUUUAAUCAUCACUCCUCGUCAAGACAACGAUAAUAAAAUAGUUUUGAUCGAUAAAUCGUGUGGGAAAAUUCACUAUUUCAACAUUGGCAGUCAAACCUGGACUGAAACGAGUAUCAGCAAUCGCAAGCCGAAUCAAACUGAUACAAAGGAUUACAUUAUGACCUCAACCACAGUCUUUUUACCAUUAGAUAAAAUCAAACCUUGCAUCAAACGAAAAUUCAAUCUAUUAGAUUGAUAAUUGCAAUCAUAUUAUUUUCGAUUUAUCUUGAAUAUGAAUUCCCUUUUGUAUUCGUUUGGCGGAUGUUUUUAUCAAAUAAAAUUUUAGAAUUUUAAAAGGCA